CUGACUCGUCUCUGAAGAAGGUCUUUACAAAUUGUUAUCAAAUUCAUCUUGACCUCGAGUUAACCGAAUUAUCAACAUAAUCAAGGCCAAGCCUAGGAUAUUGCAAGGACUAUCAAACUAAGAUGUGAACCCAUUGAGAUUGACUAAAAGACAAGCGAGAGUCGAAUUGGAGCCUGACUCCUGAGGCUAGAUCGAGCCGCGACUGAUCUUCCUGUUCCCUGAACUUUCCGCCGGCGUGAGCCCUUGCCUUAGCCUAGCUAGCCGAGUCCAUGGUUUAUUGAUAGAAUGACUUGCCUUGCCGAGAAAAAGUUUCACUGAAUGAGAUCAGAAUGGGACAACGGAACAGAACACGACCAAUCCCUUCAUUGGUAGAAUACAAGACCAUUCACCUACAGGACCGCUACUCAAUCAUGGACAAUGAUCAGCUGGGGAGGGGUAAAGCAACGCUGGACCAGGGGCAGCAAAGAAUCCUUGACUCCAAAGGGAAACCUGCCUCAGCCUCAUACCCUCAACUCCCACCCUCGCUAGCCUCUUACGGCGGACUGCACUCGUUCAGUCAAAUGGCACAAUUCAUCCCAUCCAUCUGCAACCAAAACACGAAGCGCCGGCCAGCGACGCUCCUACCCCUUACCUUCCCUGGCCUGGCCUUUAAGCAGAUGUCCGAAGGCACCGAGUCCACGGUCAAGCCGUUUUACAGAAGCUCAAUGCCAGAGGCGUUCUUGUCUGCAAGCUCCAAUUUGAUCAACUUAUCCUCGGCAGUACCUUUCAGGGGAGCAGAGAACAUCGUCUACAAUCCAUUUGGAGCAAAGUCCAGUAAGAACAAAUCUCUUCUAGUAACAGUUUGA